CUCGUUCAAGCUGCGGCGUUGUCCUUUAGUUACAGUCGAACUAAUGUCGCUAGUUCAUACGGGUGGAUAAAUCUUUAUAAAGAAUCGGUUGUCUCAAGAACAUUGUAGAAAUCUUUAAACUUACUGGAUAAAGGAAAUCAACUCAAAAUUUGCAACUAAGGUAAAAGAGGAAAUUGAAAUACAGUGUCAUGUCUGAAAAAAGUAACAAGACGCAUUCUCUCCAGGAUGUUCUUCUAACUUUGUCACCUGAAAAGAAUUUGGAAGGAGCUAAUAGUUUUGCAGAAGUUUUUAGAGCUCAUGUUUUUUUGAAAGGCUCAGAGGAAAAUGAAUGUUAUAAGAAUUCCAUCGAGAAGGUACUCAAAUUUAUUUUGAAAAGGAUGGAUAAUGAUCAAGAUCAGCUUAUCAUUACAAUUGGCAGUGGCGAUACCUGUAAUAAACUGACUUUUCCUCUGCUGUCAAUUGUCUCUGCAUACCAAAGUGGUGAGACAGAUUUUUUGGAGAGAAUGGCUAGGCACUAUCAAUAUCUUUCCAGUGGGGGUGACUUUCAGAAUACCCUUGGAGUUGUGCUCAUUCUAAGUAACAACUAUAAAAUGAGUGAAACAUGCUUUUCAGAAGCUUACCGUUGUUUUAAACAGCAAAACAACCUUCUGCGAACUGCUGUUGUUACUCUAAACCAAGCAGCUCUUUGCAAGGUCUCUGGAAACUACAAAAAAGCUUUGUCUUGUUGUCGCGAUGUGGUUGUGUUAAUCCAUGAUGUAAAGAGGACCAAACCAUUGAACUGUCAGGUGGCAACAAGAGUAUUGUUUAGAGUUGCCAAUUUGUUGGAGGAAUUCAGAGAUUACAAUAGUUAUCACAAGAUCCUUAGCAUUGGUGCAAAAUGUGAUGCAGACUGCAUCAAGAAAACCUUUUCAGUGAGGUACCUAAAAGAGCUGAUGACUUUGCAGCUGAAAGAAAAAGAGGGAAAAAUUAAACAGGAUGAACUGGAUGAGUUUACUCAGCAACUGUUUUCAAAGGUUACAACUCUAAAAGCAGAGUUGCUGAAUGCAGACUUUGUGAAAGCUGUUUUGAUUGUGGCAGAGAUGUACUAUGGUAUUGGCUGCUUGGAAAAAGCUUGGAAUUUGAUUGGAAAGUUGGAGCGGACACUCCUGAAUAUUCAUGGUGGAAAUUGUGCACUCUAUGGCUUUUUACUGUACCAGAUGGGUCUCUUUAAAGUUAGGCAUGGUGAGGCCAGUGAAGCUCAGGUCACUCUUCUAAAAGCUGAAGAAAUAUUCAUCCAUAACUUUGGUAGAGGGUAUCAUAUGGUGGCAUCAUGCAAGAGUCUACAGGGUACCUGUGCCUUACUCAAAGGAAAUCAAACAGAAGCACGCCAUCUUCUAAAUGAAGCUCAUACCCAGUUUGAGAAAAUAGAUAACCACCACCCAGAAGUUGGAGGAAUUCUUUUGAAGUUUGCUGAGCUGGAGAGCAAAGAUGGAAAUUUUGAAAAUGCCAAAUUGACUAUUGAAGAAGCAUUGGAAAUUGUUACACUGGCUUGUGGUAAGGUCUCUCUUCAGACAGCCCUUGCUUAUCUUCAAGGUGCAUCUAUUUUGCAAAGAAAAGGAGAAUUCAUGCUUCCAGCUUUGGACAAAGUGAAGAAAGCCAAUGAUAUCUUUGUUUACCUUGGCUUGCCCCAUGAUCAUCCAGAUGUUGCCUUCUGCCAUUUUUUGAAAGGCCGGUUACAGUUCUCCUUAGGUCAAGUCAAAGAGGCAGAAGAGGAGUUUCUCUUCGUACAUCACCAGCUCUCAUCACAGGAUGAAUUGUCUAUGAAGACCAAGGUUCUUGCUGCAGAACUUACUCCUAUGUUCACUUUGGUAGAUGCUGAUGGUUGUGCUAUUCAACAUUCACUCUGUUCCCAUUUUCUCUCUCUUAUCAGUCUGGCAGAUAUGAAAACAGGAGAUGAAAAAAGGGGCUAUUUGAGGGAACUUUUCAGUUGUUUUGAAGGGCUUCACACAGAGGCCCUGACAGUUUCAGAUUAUGCAGGAAAGCAUGUGCAUUGUAAAUCACAGAGGAUUUCAGAGGCUGACUUCAGUGUUAAUUGUAUUUUGAUGUUUAAUUCUUUACUGAACCCAUUCCAAACCAUUAAGGCCAGGGACUUAAGCAAUACUCAUGCUACACCAUCAAGAGAUGAGGUGUUCUUUUCAUCACCUUGCAGUGAUGAUAAGAGCAAGACACAAGAGGAUUAUGUGUACUUAUUGUCACCAUCCAGUGAGGAUGGAAAGAGGCUGCAACUUUUUCUCUUCUGGAAGACAUCUAAAAUCUUGGAAAAGCAAGAUUUAAGUUAUGUCUCGUCUUCUCUCCAGGAAAGUGUUAAACUGCUAUGUCUACAACCCAAGCUUCGGAAAGCCUUUUUUGGAGAACAAGAGUUUUGCUUGAAGCUGCCAAUUCAAAAGCAAUUGCCUGUUAUAUCUUCUCUUUGUUCCCAGAUUGAUUGUCUUCCUCUUCUAGUUGAGUUAGAGUUAUCAGAAUUACACAACCACUGUUUUCCCACCGUAUCUGCUGUUUGGCCUUUUGCACAUGUGUCUUACUUUUCCUAUAGCUUUUUUUCCUCUAAUAAGGCACUGCUUUCCUUUUACAAAUUGAUUUCAAGUUUAGGUAGAACUCUGAAAUUGUCUGAGGUUCUUAGCAUUUCAACUCCUAAGGUCUUUUCUCCCUCUCAGAUGAAUUGUGUGGUCUAUUUUACUUUUUUCGACCCCAUUUGUGCUUCCUUGUCUCUUGCUGUUGAGGAAGGAUCUGUUCAUGUAAAGUGUCGAACUGUAAAAAAUAGUGGGUCAACUUGCAUUUGUUGCUCAGUGAAAAGUGCUCUAGAGAGCACCUUGAAGUCUCUGGAGCUUAAUUUUGGAGGAUCAGUGUUUGAACCAACUCUGUGGUUGCCAUGUGUGGGGGACGGUGGUGAACAUGAUAAGGAGCAAGCAAGAUGUUAUAGUCAUUGUAAGGAAUUUCAAAAGAAGAUUUCUUCCUCCUCAGACCAAAAUUUGGAUUUACAUGCUCAAACAAAGUGGGAGCCAAAUUCUGGUACGCUAAAGGAAGGACCAUCUGUUGACCUGUCACAGAAUGAGGAUACCAAAAGCUUAUUAUUCACAGCCAACUCUGGAGACAAGAUUGGCAUAGAUGUUUGUGUUAGCCUUGUGAAGUGUUUUAUGAGAAACAGACAGUUAUCUCUAGAAGUACAACCUGUAGGCAUAAAUAAUGGAUCGCUUACUACUGAUGGCUCAGAAGAACAGGUAAACUCCCUGUUAUCUCCUGGGUUAUCCUUGCCACUAAACUGUCUGCCCUCGGGUCAAUAUGAUGCUAUAAAUGAAAAACAAGGGGUAAUGCAGAAAGUUUUGCCCUGUUUGGAGGAUGUUCACAAGGAAACAUGUUCAGGAAAAGAGACAGGUAUUAUCUCAAACACAUCGUCAACUUCACCGGCAUUUUUUGUCAUUAGUCAAAGCCAUGACAGAGCAGCAGAGAAGUCAAGUUGUGAAAAAGGUUUAAUGGCAGAUUAUCAUUGUAGCUUAGAAACCAAGGACAAUUUGGUACCGAAUGAAAUUCCUCAAGAGACGUGCAGGGUUGAAAGGGUAGGUACAUGCUUCAACAAAGAGGAGUUCAGGGAGGACCACAUAGUAGAAUUUGAUCAGAGUCCUGGACUUUCAUUUGCUACAGCUGGAAGAGAGAAUGACAAAGGGACUGUUGCCAUGGGUUCCCUUGUCUGUGAAUUGCAAGAUGAAGUUGUGUUCUACCAGGAUCAGUGUCAAGAACUAAGAGAAGAAUUAGUAAAACUGAAAGAGAAGUGGAAGCUCUGUGAAGAUGAGAAACAAGAUCUUCAAGCUGAAGUAGGAAGACAGUUGUUUUUAGAAAGCAAAGAAAGGCGAUGCAGCAAGAUUUAUCAGCCCCCUAGUGAACAUGCCAGUGGGACGAUUGUGCCUGGUAGAGUAAGAGGUGCAUCCCAUGACUUCUCAGGUACAGGGGCUAAACUGCUUGGUGGUGCAGCUCCUUCCAAUGAAUCAGGGUUGUUGCUUCAACAAAGACUUCAGGAGAUCUCAAAUUCCUUAUCAGAAGUGGACCUAAACCAGAUCAAGGGCCUAGUUCGACACAAAUUGAAUGGUUUUAGACUUGCCAGGAUCAGGGAGGGUUCAAAGUUGUUUGAGGAAUUAGAAAGAAGAGAGGAGUUUUCCUGUUCCUUUGUUAGAGAUCUUCUGGAAAGAAUCCAUCGUUUUGAUCUUGCCGAGAAACUUGCCGCCCCUUUUCACAAUGGCAACAAAUCAUACAGGAGGGAGUCUUGUUCACUUCAAGGGAGCAAACAACUGGAUGAGGUGUCUGAAAGUGUUUCUGGUGUCAAAGGUAAACAAUCUGAUGAAGUGGAAGAAAGGAAAGACACUUAUGACAACACUGAAGCUUAUGAAGAGGUCCAAUUUUGCAACGAUUCUAAUGUACACCCAUUUAACAGCGAAAGGGAAAUGGUUGCUGAUACUUUUCAUGCAGAGAUUGUGAAUGAAUCAAGUUUUGUUGGAGAUGAGGAUUUGUCAAAGGAGAGAUGUCACUCAGCAUCAGGCAUGUUUCAGACAUUUGAUGUGCCUAGUAUUGGAGUGGUAACUGAAGACAGGUCUCUGUCACCUUCAGUUACAGGUGGACAGGUUGAAAGUGGUGAGCUGAAAGGAGCAUGUGGUGCUGGAGAUGAAAGGGGCAAGGAAGGCUCAUAUCAAUCCUCUGCUCAUGAUGGUGAAGAGGGGGAGUUCAAUUUUAAUCAUCACUUCAAUGACACUGUAGAUGGUGUAAUUAAUUUACCAGAUAGAGCCCAAGAUAGAUCAGUGCCAGAAGACUUUACUGGUGUGAAUCAAGAUUCUCUUUCUUAUGGAGACAAAACUCAGAGUCAAAAUGUUUUGAGUGCAAGGAUCAUGGCUCAAAUGGAUGAGGCUAUUGAUCAGUCUGAUUCUUAUGUGGGAAAUCAGUCAAACAAAUGGGAGCGUUUAGGGGCCAGACCAAGAGACAGACCUACUAAAACAGAUAGAUCCCCAGAACCUUCUUUCCUUUACUCAUUGGAAAAUUUAGUUCCUCCAAAAGUUGCAGGACCUGUGGCUCAUCAUGGAGUGGCCAAUGCAUUCUUAGCUAGACACUCGGAAGACAAAAGUCUUCAUGAAAGUUUAUAUUACACUAAUGCUGAGAUGAUGUUUACCGAGAAUUCUUCGUUACAAGGAGCUUCUCGUGUAGAUGGCAUGGUGAACUUGAUGAACUCAAACAAAGCUAACCUAAACUAUAGUGACUGUCAAUUUUCUUCAAGGCAAGAUUCAUAUCAUCAACCACAUUCCUCAUUAUUCCCUCAGACUGGUGGAGCGUGCAUUGGAGGAAAUAAUGGUUCAAACACAAACUUCAACUUGUUAAAUCCUAAUAUAGCUAAUGGCUUUGCACCUUGUACAAGAACGCAAGAUGAGACUUUUCCAUAUUUACAAAGGGAUGACCUUCAUUCAGCAUUCACUGGUUCAGGAUUGACCUCUGAUUUCAUGCAGACCACAGGAUCUCAAACAGGUGCUUUUAACAUGUCAAAUUCCAAUUUCUCAGUAAAAGACUAUGCUCUUGGUACGAGAGAACCUCAAAUACCACCAGAUGGGCAUUUUGCAAGUUUGCACAUUAAUCAACCAAUUCAUCCAGAAUUCAAUGGUUCAGGCUUUGCCUUUGACCUGACAGGGACCACAGGACAUGAAAUGACACUUUCGGCUACUGUUACCCAUAGAAACAGUGACUUCAGUGGCAGUUCAUCAAUAUUACCUUCAACAACAAAUGUGGGAUUAUUAGGAACUUCAUCAGUUAAUAUGCAAACCCAUGAUUACCGUCCAGAUCCUUCCCCAACAGCAUUUUCAGGUGCAAGGGCUGAUGUUGAUGGUAAACAAUCUUUUGUGGAAGAAAGGAAAGAAAUUUUUGACAAUACUGAAAUUGAUGGAGAGGUCCAAUUUUGCAACAGUACUAAUGUACCCUCAUUUAACAGCAAUAGUGAAGUGGCUGCUGUUAGUUUCCAUGCAGAGAUUGUGGAUGAAUCAAGUUUUGUGGAUGUGGAUUUGUCAAAGGAGAGAUGUGACUCAGCCUCAACCUUGUCUCAGUCAUUUGAUGUGCCAACUUUUGGAGAGGAAUCCCAAGAGAGAUCUCUUUCACCUUCAGUUGCAGACAAAGAAUUUGAAAGUGGUGAGCUGAAAGGAGCAUGUGUUGCUGGAGAUGAAAGGGACAGAGAAGGCUCAUAUGAAUCCUCUGCUAAUGAUGGUGCAGAGGGACAUGUACAGUUCAAUUUUAAUGAUCACUUCAAUGGCACUGUAGAUGGUGCAGUUAAUUUACCAGAUAGAGGCCAAGAAAGUAUAAUGACGGUAGACUUUACUAUUGUGAAUCAAGAUUGUCUUCCCUUUGGAGACACAAUUCAGAGGCAAUGUGUUACAGGUGCAGGGAUCAUUGCUCAAAAAGAUACUGUAACAGAUCAGUCUGAUUCUCAUGUGGGCAAUCAGUCAAAUAAAUGGGAGCAUUUAGGGGCCAGACCAAGAGACAGGCUAUUUCCUACAGUGCAAAGAUCCCCAGAACCCUCUUUGCCUUAUUCCUCAUUUUUAAAUCUGGCUCCCCGACAAGUUGCGGGACCUGAGGCUCAUGGAGUAGCCAGUGCAUUCUUAGAAAGACACUCAGAGGAUGAAAAUCUUCACAAAAGUUUGUAUUACACCAAUGCCCAGUUGUUGACUGAGAACUCUUCAUUUCAAGGAGCUUCGCUUGUAGACAGCACGAUAAACUUGACCAACUCAAACCAAUUCAGACCAUACAUUGGUGAUGCUGCUUUCAGGCCAGAGCCAAUUUCUCAAACGCAAUAUUCCUUAUUGUUCCCUCAGACUGGUGGUGCAGACAGGAUAAGAACACCCUCCAUGUGUGAGGAGGAGAGGGAAAUUAGAACAGAAAGAGGGCUGCAAACCACCACUUUGGUAGUGGAGUCAUUAGACUCCACUCACAACAGCCAUCGGGCAUCUGAAGAAGGGAUCAAAGCAGCAGUGGCAAGAAUUCAAUCCAGGUGGCCAUGGUUUGGGAGAUGGUGUUGUACAUGUGCCUAUGGAUUGCAUAAUAACCAAGAUGUCGAUGCAAUUUGUACAGAUUGUUUCAAGUACAAGUACUGUGGACCUUGCAGGGUUAGACCACAAAAUGGCCAUGAUGAUCGUUGCAUCUUCCUGCAGGACGCAUUUAGCGGUAUACAGGUUUUACCCUUCUACAGGGUCUACUUACAGUGUCUUGUCUGGCUGAUUCAGCGCAACAUAAUACGCUGCCCAGCUUGUGGGCAUAACUUUUUUCCCCAAGGGUAAGAGUACCCCAAGGUCUGCAUCGGGGCACAGCUUUAAAGAAGUAAAGCCUAUAAUACCUAGAAGUGAAGCCCAAUAUUACCUUAGAGAGCCGUGCAUCACUCGAGCCAUGCCUAUGAAACAAGACUCUGGUUCGUCCUAGAACCUCAUGUCAUAUCAUCAGGCAAUCACAUCUGUUGCUUGUGAUUAGGAAUUCCCCUCCUUUUCUUUAAAAAAGGUUGACUAAGUGUAAUUAUUCCAUUUUUAUCAAAUAAGAUAAGAGACGCAGAUGUGAUUAUUUUUAAUACAGUGGAGAUCACCUUUACUCUAAAACAAUUAUUGCCUAACCUUGUGAGUCACGCUUGGCCAGCCCAUAUGUUCCUUUAAGGCCUUAUUUAUUUAUUUAUCUUUUAUUUGAUAGUCAUACCCUCUAUUGUUUAAUAACAAAGAAGAGAACUUGUGAUAAAUAAGUAGCAAACUUGUUGUAAAAUUUAACAAAACGGAAUUGGCAAAGGAUAGUUAAGAUUAAUGAUAUGCCCUUGUAUUAAGUUAUAGUUUCCUGAGGGUAAAAGUAAAAAAAAGAAAUGUAGUAUUUUGCUGAC